UCGCGUAUUCUCACUGGCAAAAGUUCCCUCAUCUUUUUUCCCCCGUGGGUGUGCGACAACUCGAUCAAGUUGCACACGAAAAUUACAAAAAAAAAUAAAUAAAUAGAGAAAAAAAAAGAUUUAACAUCGGGGGAGCUAAAUUACUGUAUUUUUGGCCACUCUCUUGUGUGACUCUGAGGACGAGGGGAAUUUUAUUUUUCGCACAAUGUCAACUGUUGAUGAAGUUUUCGAGACAUGGGAGGAGAUGGAAGCGUCUGGUGCACUUGACAGAAAACUGAAUGCUCUCCAGCUAGACCCUCUGGACUCUCUAGAGCACAGACAAACACCAACAUUGGUGAGCAAUAGGAAUACUAACGGCCAGAUGAUAAUCCUAGGCGAAGAUGGAGUUCGCUCUCAAUACGUUCCACCAAAACCAACGGUUAAAAUCCUAAAACGGCCUCAAAGGGACACAAGAGGCAAUGGGGAAGGUGCCUUAACUAAUGGGGAUAAGCCAAAGCAACCAAUUAAAUCCUUAAAACAAAGGGAACAAGAGUACGCAGAGGCUCGUAAAAGAAUACUAGGUGAGGAGAGGAGUCCUGAGGAGAAGCCAUCGAACGAGAUAAACAAAAUUCAAUCUAAAUUGUUGCCUGACAAUCCCCCAAUUUCCAUCCACAACACGACGAAUGUCAUUCGAAUGCCUCUGGGCCCUGAUGGCACUCCUGGAUUCAACGUACGAAGGUAGCAAGGCUGACGCAUCAUCUUAUUAUGAAAAAUUAAUAACAAAAAAAAAAAACAAACAAAAUCUUCAUGUUCUCCAUAAUUGAACGGAGAUAAUCGGCUAUGAGGCCGUCAGUGAGCAGCUGAGAACAAUUAUGUCCCUGCGUCAGUAUCUCUGAGGAUUCUUCAUCUUCAGAGUCAGACCUGAAGAGUUGAUAAAAAUCGGCGACACCUCUUCAAUGCCGGGAUAAAUGAAUUUAAAAAAUCCAUUUAACACCCCGAAAAUCGCCAAGUGACAUUUUGUACCUCGAUCAUACUGUUCAUUGCCAUCUGAUUUAUUUAUUUUUAUUAUUUGAAAAAUUUAACGUCACGCAAUCUCUGGAUCAUAGUAAUUUGUGAUAUAUUGAUCAGUGAAUUUGAAAAAUAAAAUGGAUAAAUGUUGAAUGACCCCUUUUGGGGCCUCAUCGCUAUUUAAAAUAACUAUCAUUCUUCGAUUUUCUUGUUUUCAUAUUAAGGUGAUUAAGAAUCAUUAUGAAGAUUAAAAUAACG